AUGUCUGCGGCACAGCUGCUAAAUCCAAAGGCGGAAUCACGACGGAGAGGGGAAGCUCUAAGAGUCAAUAUCAGCGCCGGUGAGGGUCUCCAAGAUGUGCUCAAAUCGAACCUGGGUCCAUCAGGGACUAUAAAAAUGCUGGUUGAUGGCGCGGGUGCGAUCAAACUUACGAAGGAUGGGAAUGUACUUCUUCGAGAGAUGCAAAUUCAAAAUCCCACAGCCGUUAUGAUUGCGCGUGCGGCUACGGCACAAGACGAUAUUACGGGAGAUGGAACAACAUCAGUGGUUCUUCUAGUUGGCGAGUUGCUUAAACAGGCGGACCGACAUUUAUCUGAAGGACUACACCCUCGAGUGUUGACUGAUGGGUACGAAAUCGCUAAAAAUGAGGCGCUCAAGUUUCUUGACUCCUUCAAACUUCAUAGAGACAUCGAUAGAGAAAUUCUUCUCUCAGUUGCACGAACUUCGCUUUCCACGAAAUUGAACAGUGCUCUGGCUGAGAAGUUAACCCCUGAUAUUGUCGAUGCGGUUCUUGCCAUUCACAGACCUCCCAACAAACCUGAUCUUCAUAUGGGUUGA